CCUGUAAACCCUUUCUUCCUGUACUGAUUCCCUUUCGAGUUUGGUCAGAAAGAGUUCCAGGUUCCAAUCCAACCGCUGCUGCUGCACGUACGUACGCCAAUGGCCAACUUCCUCGUCCUCGCGGCCACCACUUCCUGCAUCCUCCUCGCGGCCUCGUUGCCGCCGGCGUCGUCGAUGCCGGCGGUCUACAGCGUCGGCGACGAGAAGGGCUGGAGGAUGCCGGCGGGCAACGGCACCGAGUCCUACAACCACUGGGCCAAGCGGAACCGCUUCCAAGUUGGCGACAUCUUGGAUUUCAAGUACGCGAACGACUCGGUGCUGCUGGUGAACCACGACGAGUACAAGCAGUGCAGCACGGAGAGCCCGGCGAGCCGGUUCACGGACGGGGACACCAAGUUCAAGUUCGACCGGGCGGGGCCACUCUACUUCAUCAGCGGCGCGCCGGACCACUGCGAGGCGGGCCAGCGGAUGAUGGUGCACGUCGUGGCGCACUCCACGCUGGCCGCCGCUGCCCCGGCCAAGCCGCCGGCGUCCUCCGCGGCGCCCUCCGCCGCCGUCGUCCGCGGCCCAGGAACGCCGUCCUACGGGUCCAGCUCUGGGUCGAUCGACAGUGCCACCCCGAGCCCGCUGGCCGAGCCUAGCGGUGCGUCUGGGCGUGCGAUCGCGGCAGCUGGUUUCUACGGCGUGACGAUGUUGCUGCUUGUCGGUGUUGUCACCAUGUUGGCGUGAUCUUGUUGACAGAUCGAGGUUAAAUUUAGGUUCUUGAUGAGUAGUGUGUGCGUGUCAUCGCUUAGGGAUGAAUGUUAGUUUUGAGAUUUAGGGAAAACGUCAGAUCUGUUAGGGCGGGUUCUGUUUGGGUAAACUGCUUCAUUAGGCGAAACCUCGGUGUAAUCCAUUCCCCUCCAAUAAAAUGGAAAUAAAUUUCGCCAU